AAAAAUCGUCUGCUAGAAAUUAGAAUCACAUUUGGCCUGGAGUUUAGCUGAUGUUUGUUUCACAGGCAAAAUUUAAUUGCAGUCGAUAAUAUUCUUUCUGUGGCAUUUUCGUGCAACAUGACGUCCUUGCUUGGUUCCAUGAUUUCUACUCUUGGUAUGGCUCUAAGAUAUCGGCCUCUGAUCGGAGUUUCUAGUCAAGUUUCUAAAGCGAACGCUUUGUUCAACCCUGAAUGGACGACUGUUCGCUUUCGCUAUCAUGCUGACAAAGUUGCAAAAGGACCAGUUCCACGCCGUCAUGGCUACGAAGAAAAACUUUUCCAAAGUGGUCUUUUACCCAGAACAGCUUUUCCAGAUAGACCCCUUCCAAUUCCAACCUACAGACCCAAAAAUAGUUGGAAUGAAAAGAGAGCUCUUUUCGGUCAGAAUGACUAUAUUGAUAUCCUCGGGCCAUUGAAUGAGAUAUCUCAAAAAACACUCCAUCCUACACAGUUGCUGUAUCAUGUACCUCCAUGGCUAAGAGGAGUGCAAGGAAAUGAAUAUCAAGUUCUUCUGCGCAGAAGAAAAAUCGUGCAGAAGAAGGGUUACGCCCUAGGUCAUCCAACAAAGUGGGCUGCAUUAAACACAAGGAUUAAGAAACUGUAUACAUAUUUGAAUCAUAAGACAAAAUCGCCUUUCUGGAAACAUGCUUAGCAAACUUGAUGUGAAAUGCAGAAAAAAUGUAAUGAAAAUUCAUUAAUAAUCAGUUUUUAUAAAAUCAA